AUGCUCAAGGCACGACUGGGCCACCUCCGUCUAGUUCGAGGCUUCGCCUCUCUCGCCCGAGUCCCAUUGAGUCGACUUGAAUCACAGACCAUCAAUUUGAGCCAAUUCCCCUCCAAAGUCCAAUCGCUCAGGGAUCGGCUCAAGAGACCUCUGACGUACUCAGAGAAGGUGCUGUACAGCCACCUGGAUGACAGCUUUGACGAACCUGUCGAAAGAGGCGCAUCCCAGCUCAAGUUACGCCCUUUGCGCAUAGCCUGCCAGGAUGCGACCGCCCAAAUGGCCCUCAUCCAAUUUAUGUCCGCAGGAAUGGAAUCAGCCGCGGUACCCACGACGGUUCAUUGCGACCAUCUGAUUGUUAGCCGAGACGGAGAAAAAGAGGACCUACCUCGAGCAUUGAAUACUCAUAGAGAAGUAUAUGAGUUCAUGGAAACUGUCUGCCAGAAAUAUAACAUAGGAUUCUGGAAACCGGGCGCAGGAAUCAUUCAUCAAAUUGUAUUGGAAAAUUACGCAUUUCCUGGUGGGAUGAUGAUUGGGACAGAUUCUCACACGCCAAAUGCGGGUGGAUUAGGUAUGGUUGCCAUUGGUGUUGGUGGUGCCGAUGCAGUUGAUGUGAUGGCUGGUCUUCCUCUAGAGCUCCAGGCACCUAAGGUGCUCGGUGUUCGCCUGACCGGUAAGCUUUCUGGAUGGACCUCGCCGAAGGACAUUAUCAACGCGGUAGCAGGAUUGGUAUCAGUCAAGGGAGGAACUGGAUCAAUUAUAGAAUAUUUUGGUGAUGGCGCGAAGUCCCUAUCAGCUACUGGAAUGGCUACUGUUUGCAACAUGGGUGCCGAGACAGGAGCUACGACGUCUAUCUUCCCCUAUGCACCACAAAUGGUCGAUUAUCUACGUUCAAAUCAUCGUCAUGAUAUGGCUGCAGCGAUUGAAAGAAUUGCACCGGAGCUGCAAGCAGAUUUGGGUGCGGAGUAUGACCGUGUGAUCGAAAUUGACUUGUCGACAUUGGAGCCACGUAUAAAUGGUCCCUUCACGCCGGAUCUUUCUACUCCACUGGCACAAUUUGGCGAUGCCGUGAAAAAAAACAAGUGGCCGGAGGAUCUGAAGGCUGGCUUGAUUGGCUCUUGCACAAACUCGUCUUUUGAAGAUAUGGGUCGUGCCGCUAGCCUCGCGCAGCAAGCGUUGGAUGCGGGACUGAAACCGGUGAUGCCUCUUUUGAUCUCACCGGGUAGUCUCCAAACGCGUGAGACGUUGAAUGAUGCUGGAAUUCUACCAGUGUUUGAGAAAUUGGGAGCAGUAAUGCUUCCAAAUGCAUGUGGUCCAUGUUGCGGAUCGUGGGAUCGAGUUGAUAUGCCCAAGGGCACCUCCAACUCAAUCAUCACAUCCUACAAUAGGAACUUCUCUGGUCGCUUGGAUUCCAAUCCUCAAACGAAUAUAUUCCUUGCAUCGCCCGAAAUUGUGAUCGCCAAGGUCUUCUCAACCGAUCUAGAUUUUGACCCCACUGUCGAUGCAUUAAAAACACCAUCUGGUGAGGAAUUCAGGUUUCAACAUCCGUCAGGCAAAACCCUUCCCAAAAAUGGCUAUUUGGAUUCCGAUACUGCAUACAAAGCCCCUCCCAUUGACAGAAGUGGCGUAGAAGUCAAGAUUCUAGAGUCAUCGGAACGGUUGCAAAGACUAGCUCCAUUUGAGCCCUGGAAUGGAGAAGACUUCAAUGACUGUCUGAUUUUGAUCAAGACCAAAGGAAAAUGCACCACCGAUCAUAUCACUCCUGCUGGGCCUUGGUUCCGAUACCGCGGUCACCUUGAGAAUAUUUCAAACAACACUCUGAUCGGGGCUAUCAAUGCUGAGAACGACAAGGUCAAUACUGUGCGUAAUCAUAUAUCUCAGAAGGACGGUGACGUACCUGGGACUGCAAGAGAUUACAAAGCUCAUGGCCAGCCUUGGGUUGUGAUUGCUGACCACAAUUAUGGAGAGGGAUCUUCACGAGAACAUGCGGCACUGCAGCCCCGAUACCUUGGUGGCAAGGCUAUCAUCGCCAAAUCUUUCGCUCGCAUCCACGAGUCAAACUUGAAAAAGCAGGGCAUGCUUGCUUUGACAUUUGCGGAUGAGGCCGACUAUGAUCGCAUUCGAUCCCCGGAUCAGAUCAGUCUUAUGGGACUCGCUAAUCUAGAGCCGGGUAAACCUCUGAGAAUGUCGGUCAAUGGGGAAUGGGAAACUAAUCUCAACCACACCUUCACUCUAGAACAGAUUGAGUACUUCAAGGCCGGAAGUGCAUUGAAUAUGAUGGCAAAACAGUGA